UCAACUAGAAGCCUGUAGUUCUGAUUUAGGCCGUGGUGGCUAAAUGCACCAUUGUUGUCAAGAAUUACCCUUACCAUAUCGUGAAGCUUCUAUUCCUGACACCUGUUUUAAAAUUAUCAGCCAUAUUGACCAUGUCUUUUAAAAGGGAAGGAAACGACAAAAGCCAGCUUAAUAUUCUGAAGAAGCGGCGUGUGGCAGACCUUUUGUCUCAUUUUAUUCCAGAAGACGAGGCUGCGCUUAUGAAAAAUGGAAGGUACACUUGCCUUGUAUGUUCCUACCGUCCUGUUUUUGAUACAGUAGAUAUGCUGACAGUCCACAGACAAGGGAAGAAGCACCUGGAAGGAUUAAAAGCAUUCUAUGGCAAAAAAGCAAAGCUGAAGAAUGAAAUCGCAAAAAGACAACAUGACAACUACAUCCAGGCAGAAGACAGAUGUCAGGAUGCCUCCAGUUCAGCUCCUUUAUUGGCACAAACACGGAAGAUAACCCAUCAUGCUCUACUGAAGAAGGUACCAUAUAACAGCUGUCACAGAAAAGCCAGUGCAAAAUCUGAGAGAGCAGGAGCAAGCACCAGCUCACAUCCUGCCGGGAACACAUCCAACAAAACGCCAUCUGGUUGUCUGAAAACUGAAGUUUCAAACAAGGCUUCCACCAGCAGUUCCAGCGGCUGUAAUACAGAAGAGCCAUUUUCAUCCAAAAACAUGAUAGAAUCUGAGACUACAGCCACACAAGCGUCCGAACCCUUAACAAGUCAAAGGAGGAAGGAGCUGGAGCACUACCUUAAACUCAAAAGUGACGGAUGGUUGCGAGACCGGAACGGCCAGUGGGUUAAAGACGAGAAUGUGGAGUUUGAUUCAGAUGAGGAGGAGCCUGCUUUACUCCCCCCUUCCCAACAUACAAGUGACUGAGAGGGCUAAAAAUGUGAAAAAUCAGAUAAACAUGUACCACAGUGGUACGUUUUAAAGCUAGAAACUUCUAGAACUCCAUAUGUAAGGCUUUUAUGUAACAUAUCUAAACAAUCCAUGAACUGUACAUUUGAUGAAAUGAUUUUCCUUUUCUGUUUCCUUCUCUCCCUUAUUGUAAUACAUUGUGACUGAGCAGAGAUUGGUAUGGUUUCCACCAGUGUUUCAGGUACAACGGGUCACCAGACUUGAUUUACGGCACUCUAUAUAUGCAAUACUUGCAUUUCCACCAGGCAUCAGACAACCAGCUCAGUUCUUUACUCUGCUAAACAGACACAUUAUUCUGAUUUUAAAUCCAUGCACACCAAACACCAAAUAUUUUUAAUUAAAUCAUCCUACAUAGACUUUCAAUUCUUGUAGUGUUGUACACCUUUUUUUUUUUGUAGAAAUAAGCUUCUUGAGGGAUGGGACAGAACAACUGUGCAGCCUAAAUGCUGUGCAGCCAAGAAAAUGGUCUGGAAAAUUGCUAUUUAUUUAAUAAUAUCAGCAAAGUUAUUAACAAAAGAUUUCAAACAUUUAAUUUUUUUUGUUUUAAGUAAAUACUCAUUAUCAAACUCUACUAAGCAUUUAUAACUUUGGUUGUUAGAAAAAUAAGCCGGGUUGCUGCUGGAAGUUUCUAUUAAUCACCUACCAUGUGUUUUUUCACACUACAUGAUUUAAGUUGACAUUAACCCUACCACCUGUAAUUGCACUGCUUAUAAUGUUGGUUCUAUUAAUACCACCAAUGUUUGAAUGUAAGCACAGAACCAUAAAACAAUCUUAGUAUUAAUUUCCAGAAAGACUGUAUACCUGUGGGAUUUUCUUGCCAUUAACAGGAGGAAAGAUUGACUAUAUCUCAUUUACAGUGUAAUAAAAGCUGUUUGUGCUCACAUAAGUGCAUGUAGGUGACACCAUGCUGAGUGGUAGGAAACUGUACAGUGGAGGUAACCAUUCCUCAAACAACUGGCAUGUCAAAUAUUCAGUCAUUCAUUCAAGAGCCAGAUUGUUGAACAGUUGGGUAUUUAAUUUGCUUUUUGGAUCCCUCAAAAUACAUAACUGACAACCAUUAUGGCAGAAACUGGGACUGGGUUUAAAAUCUGUACAAAGUUUGUACGGUGUCUGCUUGCCUUUAAAGAUGUGGAAAUAAUCCCCAAAAGACAUUCUUAUGUUUUCAUGUGAAGCUGCUUUUUUGUGUAGAUGUGGCAACACUUUGGCAAAUAAUUUCUAUUUUGAAUCAAAUUAGUCCCCCAGCAUGCUCUUUUACUAUCUCAACAGGAAAAAAAUUAACUACAGAGGUUGGUCUUUACUUAAAUUCUGCUUCCAUGUGUCUUAUUACGUACUCUGCAACAUCAGCCUUUUUUUCUACAUGGAAUCCUAAGAAAUAAACAUUUUUUAUUUAAAUGUUUUUUGCUACUUAUUAGCAGAUGAUCAACCUUUGCUGCCUAUUUUUACUCCUUUCAUUUAAUAUCUAGGACAGCUCAGUAAGCUUUCCUAUAAACUGGUGUGGAGUUAAAUUAACUGUUAGAUUUUGUUAAUUGUGUUUGUUCAGAACUCGUUCCUGCAGUUGGCAAAAGAAAAUAAAUAAAUGGGACAGAGCAGAAGGACUUGACAGAUUGGUUGCCUGUGACACCAUGGAAAUGUGCAGAAAGUUAAUAUUUUAUAUCUUAAAAAUCUUUCCCAUUCAUUGAUACUAGUAAACACUACAUAAACACUUAAAUUUGAAUAAAAUCCCUUGUG